CUCACGUUAGCUUAUAUAAAUCAUCAGAGUGAUUUUAGACUUCAGUCAAUUCCGACCUCUUAACGCUCAAGAUGCCCCCAAUAAAGAGGAGAAGUACUGGAGCGACUAUGGCAAAGAAACCAAGUCUCCGACGGGACACAACAAUGACUCUGACACCAUCAGACGAGUCGACACCACCAACUUCUGUACGAUCUGCUUCGUCUGUGAGGCGAAGCACCUCAUCGAAAUUAUCGUUAAAAUCUUCAUCAUCAGUCACUUCACUCAAACGGAAAACGACGCUUGUAUCCGAAGGAUCCGGUGUGUAUUCCUCUGUAGUCGCUCUUGAAUCUGGCUCCAGCAUCGGGAAAACUGGGAGUUUAAAAGCAGCAUCCGUCGGAAAAGAUUGCAGUGUCAUACCCGGUACGACGUCAGAAGCAGUGGCCACUUUACGCAAGUCUGUUUCGGAGCUGAAAGAACUGAAAGAAGCCACAACAUCAAUGAAAAGUUCCCUGUCAAAAAGAAAGUCAUCUCUCGUUAAAGAACCAUCCUUGAGAAAAGCGUCACUCUCUAAACGGCAAUCCAGUGUCCCGGAUGUCGACCCAGGAACCAAUUCAACCACUAGUCCACCACUCCCUCCGGGAGGUCUACUAGAGAUCGCUAUUUCUUUUGAUACCACUGGAUCUAUGUACGGUUGUCUUGAAGAAGUUCGUGGACGGAUUCAAGACAUGGUCCAGCGACUUCAGGCAGACAUUCCGGGAAUCAGAAUAGCAAUAAUCGCACAUGGCGAUUAUUGCGAUGCCGCAAACUACAUUGUAAAGUGGAUUGACUUCGGGGCAACUGUUCCAGAGCUGUGCGACUUUGUAAAAACAGUAAGCCGUACCGGCGGUGGCGACGCUGACGAAUGCUACGAACUUGUACUUCGGAGGGCUCGAGAAGUGCUGUCAUGGACACCAGGUAGCCAGCGCUCCCUAGUGGUUAUAGGCGAUUGUGGACCUCAUGAAGUUGGGUAUAGAUAUGGAGACUUCGUUAACGACAUCAACUGGCGUGUGGAGGCUCAGGAGCUGAAAAAAAUGGACGUCAAGAUCUACAGCGUUUGUGUUAACGCUUUGCCGCUUCCAUUCUAUCAGUAUAUUGCAAAUGUGACGGGUGGAAAAGUUGUCUCCCUUGCUAAGUUUGGAGUUAUUUUUGACAUUCUCAUGUCUAUCUGCUACAAGGAAAGUGGAUCGGACUUGUUUGAGGCUUAUGAAGCGGAAGUAAGAGAAAGAAACACAGACAAAGGAAUGGAAAGUACAUUGGAUGGAAUUUUCACAACCCUCGGAACAAGCGCGAAAUCAUCCCCCACUGGACUAUUUUCGCCACCAUUGGGAACUGCAAUAGGAACUGGGAUAGGGUCUGGACCAUUAUCCAAACCAACACUAGGGAGAAAAACCUUCAUGAAGGCUAAAUCUGCAAGAAAACCCGCUAAAACUACGGGGGAAAAAUCCAAGAAAACGAAAGCAAGAACGAAGUCAGGAGGACGACUUACCCGGGAAAGUCUUACGGAUGCAAAAUUCACUAAAGGGCCACUAAACCGACUGGUGUGGUCAAAAUGGAUGUUGGGCAUCGCCAAAACCCAGUCUGCGGCGAUCGGGCCAGACAUCAGUCUCACUCGUCGUGAAUGGUGUGACGCCUAUUGCAACAACGGGAUACUUAAGGCGGAAGAAGUUAAGGAUGUACCAGCAGUGUAUGAGUUCGCUGUACGUCUGUCUGGUAAGAAGAAAGUGUACCCUGUUUUAUACAAGGUAACAACAGGGCGUACCAAAAGGCAGCAGUUGGUUCAGCUAUCUCCUCUCUCAAAAAAGGGUACGCAGCGCCAUCAAGGAAGUCGUGAAUUCUCAUGCUGACAUUAUGGUGAGAAAGGGUCAGUUUAAAAGGAAAGGACCGGCAUUCAUUCAGAAAGUAUCUAAGUUGAUGUUUAAAAAGUACGACUAUGCAUGGGUUGGACGUAGAGAAAGAAAGAUGAAAUUUCGAAAUCUCAAACGAUGUGGGGUUCGAAUUUCCAGCGAUUCGUACUAAGUAACAUCUGUUUUUCGAACGAAACGGCAGCAAUACAAAAUGCAUUUGACAUUUGCAUCAAAUUAACACGAACGUGUCACGUGUACAUUGAAUGUUCUCAUUUUCCUCACUGAAUUUAUAUCAUCGAAGUGUAUUCAUUCUUGUGUAAAUCAUUUAUUGAUUUCGUGUGAUGUAAAAACAUCUAUAUGACAAUUAUCACAUGUGUAAAUAUAAAUGUACAUACGUAUUUGUUGAUAUCUAAAUAAGUAAAUAUUGUACUGAUUUUACACAACAAGUGUAAAUAUAUAUGCGAUACAUAGUACUUUAACCUAUGUGUAUUUUAAAAACAACUCGAACACUGUCUUAGAAAGUACAAGUAUUCGUUCCAUAUUAGCUCACUAUCCCGUCUACUGUAUGUCUAUGUGAAUACGAUGUAAAUUAUUUGACUAUUAUAACACUUUGUAUUCUUUCUAUUUAAUCACAGUAAACUUAACAAUAUGCAUUUACAUCUCUAAAAAUGAAAAUAAUUAAACGUUGACUUACUAAAUAUACAUAGACGUGUAACGUUAUCGCCGACCCUUUGACUUACUAAAUAUACAUGUACAUGUAACUUAUCUCCUACUAUUUGACUUACUAAAUAUACAUGUACAUGUAACUUAUCUCCUACUAUUUGACUUACUAAAUAUACAUGUACAUGUAACUUAUCUCCUACUAUUUGACUUACUAAAUAUACAUGUACAUGUAACUUAUCUCCUACUAUUUGACUUACUAAAUAUACAUGGACGUAUACAUUAUCUCCUACUCUGACUUACUAAAUAUACAUGGACGUGUAACUUAUCUCCUACUAUUUGACUUACUAAAUAUACAUGGAUGUGUAAUCUAACUCCUGUCCUUUGCAAGCACGUGUAUCGGAUAAUCCUUUUUAUAGUUGUUUGUUUUCAUACUGACUUGCCUCAACAUUUAUAAGUUGUAACAGGCCCGUCAUCUCAAAUUUCUUAGCAGUUGUAUUAUUGUCCUACCUAGACUUAGGUUCUAUUAUUGUUCUUAUUUCAUGAAAAUGUAAUGUGGUUUGAGUUUUGUUAUUGUUUUCAUUUUAUAAAAAAACGAAAUGAGCUUUGAGUUCUACCAUUGGUUUUUUAUUUUAUAAAAACGUAAUGUGGUUUGAGUUUUGUUAUUGUUUUCAUUUUAUAAAAAAACGAAAUGAGCUUUGAGUUCUACCAUUGUUUUUUUUAUUUUAUAAAGACCUAAUGUGGUUUGAGAUCUAUUAUUGUUUUCAUUCUAUAAAAACGCAAUGUGGUUUUAGUUCUUUGUUUUUCCCAUAGUUAUUGAUACUAUCUGUAAAGUGUGUUGAACUAUAAUACACAAACGCAGUACACAGAAGCUGACAAAAACGGACCGAAUCGGAGAAACAAACUGUAUAGGUUAGUAAGUCAUGUAUUACGGAUAGAAAGUGACGCGGCGUAUAAUGUUAUGUCCGGUACCGGACCGGACCGGAUCGGACAGAAACAGAACCGAAUCGGAUCACUUAAAACGAAGAAAUAAUAUUAGAGUAGUCAGUCAUUUAUUACAAUAGUAGUUGACGAGACGUGUAUAUUGUUACUUAUUUCUUUAAGAGAAAUGUGUAUUUAAACUCGAAUGAUACGUCAACAUCAAAGUUAUACUGACAAAGUAACAUAUCAAUGUACAUGUAUAUUGUACAAAAACUGAAUAAAAGAUGAGAAGAAAAAAUACCAUGUGCUUUAUAUGAGUAAAAAUUACACUUCAUCAUAAUACCCCUACAAAUACAGACACAUACUAUUUUUACUAUUGGUUUAAUGCAUUUUGACAAUUCUUAUUACUUUAGUUUUCGAUGGUUUUGAGAUUCACCAAAAGGCUGUAUCUCUUAAUAUAUUUACAAACUUUCCAAUGCUUAAUUUUCCUGAAUCGACAAAUAAAUGCACUGUAACUAUU